AUGCAGAUCUCAUUGCUGGCUAUGUCUGGCCUCCUAGCUCUGACCUCGUUUGGUGUUGGGAUGCUGCCAUUGUCAUUCUCCUAUUCCAGAAAACAUUUGUCUCGGUUGUCAAGUCUUGGGACUGGCCUUCUACUUGGAACCGCACUAGGCGUCAUAAUUCCAGAGUACGUCGAAGGUAUCAGCAUCGUUUUGGCGGAGUCGAGCUCUCAGCUACCUACGGGCACCAUAGCGCUUUCGCUCCUUGCUGGGUUUUCGCUCAUGCUCGUCGUGGAGCAGCUCGGAUCGUCCCACGUGCAUGAGGCACCGAGCGACCAGUCUUUGAAGCCACGACACGUCGUAGAUGAUGUGUCCUUCGAUGUUGAACUGGGCGAGCUCGAGAAUGAACAAGGUAUCCCGAGUCGUUCUCGCGAUGUUUCGCCUCGUCGCGGCACCGUUGAGAGCGAUACCAAGCAGCCCGCGUAUCCGCUCACCAUUGGACUAGUCAUACAUGGUUUAGCAGAUGGGCUCGCUCUCGGCGUCUCAGCAGUGUCGUCAGGCGAUUCAUCGGUCUCUUCUGAUCUGUCGUUCUUGGUCUUUCUAGCGCUUGCGAUUCAUAAAGCGCCCACCGCUCUUGCAUACUCUACAACUUUGCUUUCGACUUCACUGCCUCGCGUGGAAUGCAAGAAGCAUCUUUUUGUCUUCAGUUGUUCCACGCCUGUAGGGGCAGUCGUCGCUUACAGCGCGUUCGCGUUUCUGGGAAUCAGUCAAGCCCACAACGUUGGCAUUGCUCUCCUCAUUUCGGGUGGAAGCUUUCUAUACGUUGCCACUGUUCUACAACCUGUCUCCCACCACGCGUUACCUGGGGUGUCUGCGGAAGAAGAGGGGAAAAAGUCUCGGAUCAUUUUCAUCUUAUUGGGCAUGUUUAUACCGUAUUUUAUCGGUUCUGUCUUGGAGCAUGGGCACGACCAUGCCAGCACCAGCAGUCCGGCCUUGGAAUCUCCUCGGACGUGA